GGUGAGGCAGUGCACAGGUCAGAUACAACAGCAGUAUAACUACACAGAGGAUGACCUUCUUCAAUCAGUGUGUGAACAAGACAGUGGAUGGAGUUAUGUCAACGGAGAUGAAGACAGAAAGCAUGUCACUGCAGCCUCUGGCCACGUCAGGUGGCCCAAAACCGCAGCUGCUGUGCAUCUUUGGGACAGGAGACUUGGGAAGAUCUCUGGGCCUGUGUCUGCUCCAGGCUGGCUACAGUGUGGUGUACGGCAGCCGCAGACCUCACAGCUGUGGCCCUUUGCCUCAGGGAGCUCAGGUGAUGAGCCACGUGGCAGCAGCUCAGUCAACCAGCGUGAUCUUUGUUUGUGUUCACAGAGAACACUAUCAAUUCCUUGAGACAAUGGCACCUCAUCUAGAAGGAAAGGUGCUGGUGGACCUUAGUAACAACCUGAAAAAAGACAUGUACCCAGAAGCCAAUGCCACUUACCUGCAGAGGCUUGUGCCCAAAGCUGCUGUGGUGAAAGGCCUUAACACACUGUCUGCCUGGGUCCUGCAGAAUGGAGUCCUGGCAGGAAAACAGGUGUACCUGUGUGGGAACACUGCAGAAGCAAAGCAGGCCGUAGCAGAUGUGGCCACUAAACUGGGUCUCACUGUUCUGGAUAGAGGGUCUUUGUCUGCAGCCAGGGAACUUGAGGACUUCCCCCUGCAGCUGUUCCCGCAGUGGAGACUGCCUCUACGUGUGGCCGUCUGCCUCACUGCCUUCUUCUUCUUCUACCUGCUCAUUAGAGAUGUCAUUUAUGCAUAUGUUGAACAGGGCAAAGAUGUGUCUUUCAGGAUAAUGGUGGCUCUUGCCAAUAAGGUGUUUCCCAUUGUGUCACUCAUCAUGCUGUCCCUGUGUUAUCUGCCUGGUGUCAUAGCUGCCUUCCUUCAGCUCUAUAGAGGAACCAAAUACAAGCGUUUCCCUGAUUGGCUGGAUCGCUGGAUGUUGUGCAGGAAGCAGAUGGGUCUGGUUGCACUGGGCUUUGCUUUUCUCCAUGCCAUCUACACAUUCAUCAUUCCCAUUCGCUAUGCUGUCAGACACAAACUCAUCUCACGCGUGGUGGAUGAGAUGAAGAACAAUAAAACCACUCCAUUUUACUUUGAUAAUACAGAGGCAUGGGGCACGGACUCUUUCUUUGUGCUUGGAAUCCUGGGUUUCUUUCUCUAUGUCCUGCUAGGACUGACAUCUCUGCCCUCUGUGGGAGGCACCCUCAGCUGGAGAGAGUUCAACUUCAUUCAGUCUAAGCUGGGCCAUCUGACCCUUUUCAUAUGCACUGCCCAUGGCUACAUAUACGGCUGGAACAAAUUUCUUCGUCUCUCUACCUACAAAUGGUACACACCUCCGGGCUACAUGCUCUGUCUGAUCGUGCCGUCUGUGGUUUUGGUGCUCAAGGUGUUGCUCCUCCUUCCCUGCGUGGACCGCACCCUCACCCGUAUUCGACAAGGCUGGGAGAGGACUCAGAGCAAGGCCACCAACCUGUGAGCUGAGGUCGUCAGGGUUGUAGUCUGAUUACAGAGGAUUUCUGUUAUUCGUUAGUUCGGGGGGGAAAUUCUUAAUAAUGUAUAUACAUGUACCUUAAGAAUACAGACGAUGUGGAUAAUAUUCUCAUUUUGCAAUAUGAAUGAUUAAAUCAAUCUUAAAUGUUGACUGUUUGGAACAAACAAAGAUGAACAUACUCAUACUAUGACAAUCAGUUCCAAAUAUUUAAUUUCGCUUAUGCCAGAUUGUCCAAUAGCCAAAUACAAAAAAUGUGGAAAAAAAGUGAAAGAUACAUGAUUGCAGCCAAAUGGACACAUCUCUGUGGAUGCUAUUGUUGUCAAUGUCGGUUUCAACUGAAUUUUGGAAAACAAAGCAGAUUUCACGUGUGUGAUUUAUCCUUUUCGCAGAAUGUGGCGAAAAAUAGAUUGCUAUUCUCCUGCUGAAAUCCAUUGUUUUGAUAAACAUAGACAAUAGUCUCCAUUUCCCCUGCUCCUCCUCCUCCUUCAGAGGGUGUGAUUGUGUCCCAGAGAUUGCUCUCUUUUCAGGAUGUUAUUGAUCUCCUCAUGUUCUGCCCCAAAGUGCCUCUUCUGAAGGGCACAUAAACAGUAAACAUCUAUCUAUAUAUAUGUAUAUAUAUAUAGAGAGAGAGAGAUUUUUUCUUCGUCUCCUUUGUAACGAGAAAACAUGGGAAUUAUCAGAAAGAACAUCAGUCAUCACAACCUUAGGAAAGUUCAGACCCGUAGAGAUGACUCGGAGAGAUAAGUCCUUUGUUGUGUGUGGGUGCUCUGUCACAUGCAAAGUUAGCCCAAGGGGCAACUGGAAAGCAUCGAGAUUCGCAAAUUGGCGAGUUGCAACCAGAAGUUCAGAAGCAUCACCUGAAAUCAGGCUCCUAUUAGACUGUCAGUCACAAUGGUGUCCACUCAUAUGUGCUGUACUUUAUCGUCUGGGGCUGAAACUAGACUUGACACCAUAGACUCCUCAGGAAAAUGUCUACUGAAGUUGUAUAUCAAGCGAGAAGUAGACUCAUUUUCCCAUAGACUUCCAGUUUUUGCAAUCAACCGAGUCGCCCCUGGUGGCUGUUCAAUGUAUUUUUGCUUUCUGAGCGUGUCUAUUUUUUAUAAUGCAGUCUCUGGUUCGUCCAUCGUUAUCCAGAACACAGUUCUCUUGCGUUUUUCCAUUUAGAAACACCACUCGCACUGAAUACAGAUUCAUGGACCGCUGUUCAGCUCUGUCAGAAAAUGCUUGCCCCCCCUGCAUCUCGUAUCUGCACCACAUCAGCUGGUGACACAGACAAUUGGGUGUGCUUUACUUUUAUCAGGCUGAAGAUAGAGGAUGAUUCUAGGGGGAAAAAAAAGUCCGUUUUUUUUUUUUUACUAAAAGCAGAACAUUCUAAUACGUACUGUUAUCUCGCGUCUAACAUCAUUAUCUGCACACACAAUCUGUAAUCCCUUACAUCCUUUCUCAUUGUUUUACUCUCCCAUCACCAAGAAGCUGCUGUUAAUUUUAGCCUGUUUCCUGCUGUGUGUGUGUGUGUGUGUGUGUGUGCGCGUGCAUGCGUGCAGCGACAUAAAUGAGGCAGAGAAUUCCAAUAUUGCCACGGGUAAAAAUUGGGAUGUAGCAACAUACAGAGAAGCUGUGAAACAAGCAAACGUACAGUCAUUAUUUCCACUCACGUUUAAUUUCACUCACCUAGACAACCUUGAAACCCGUAACGAGAUUAUGUGUGUCCAGCCAUGAAGGGUUGACUCAAUAAGAGAAUAAAUAAACAGCUGAAAUUGCGGGUAAGGGCACAGAUCACGGACAGGAUUUAAUGAAGAAUUAAUCAAUGAAUCAUGUGUGAAAUAUACACUUGGUUGGUGAAUGAAAGGUAUAUAAUGAUGCUGAAAGUUGUGCGAAUGUUCGUAUCAAAUCGUGCAGUGUACAGGUCAUUUUUCUUUAUAUCAAAAUGAUAGUAAUAGUUCUGAAUCACUUGACAUUUCUCAUCAGCAAAGUUGUAGGGAAGCCUGUUUUGCUUUUGUAAAGUAAAUAAAAAUCAUAAUGAACAAA